AUGGGCCCCUUCCGAGCGUGGCCCGCGGAAUGGGAUCCCUGGGUCAAGGCUGCGCUGGCGACAUCUCGCCAGCAACGUGCUUCGGCCAAGGCGGGCAAGCUCAAGUGGGAGCGAUCCAGCCGUGCUCGAGAGGCCGCAGCAAAAGCGGAUACCGACUGCUUUCCCGUGGAUGAGCGUGCUGAAGAGGAUCGCGGCGAUGCCAGGCGCGGUGCCACUGUGCCAGAGAACGCCCCGGCUGUUCUUGAUGCGUUGCCAGAUGCUGAGCCUGGCGCGGAGCUGCCCGGUCGAGCUGGACAUCGUCGCGGCGGGGCGCCUCAACUCUACGCGCGCAUGGAGGGCCGCGGCGCCGUCGGGGCGAGUUGGCCGAUCGACGCCCUGGGUUGCGUUCUCCCCGAGCUGCGCAAGAAGACCAGGGCCGUGGCCCUCGUCGGCAAGAGCGCCGUGGCAGCGGUGCCAGUGGCCGGCGCAGGGUUCGCGACGAUUGGGCCGGUCUUCCACGAGACCUCCCUCGGGGCGCCGGGGAAGACGGGCGCGGUCGACGACGCCGUCGCGAUAGACGGCCGCUGGCUGCGGGGGCCCCUCCUCGGGCUGAAGGCCGCCAGCCACCCCGACAGAACGCUCUUGAACUUCAGUAGCGAGCUGCGCCGCGAGGCGCUCGCAGCGAUGGCGGACGGCCCCGGGCCAGGUGGUGCGCGGGGGCCGCUGGACCACGACGACGUCGCUCACGAGGUGCGGAAAGGACACCUAGCUGCUUCGCGUGAUCAACCAGAUCUUUCCCUCGUGUUCAGCUUCGGAAGCGAGGUUCCCCAGAGUUUCAGGCGGGCGAUCCAGGGCGGAGUCGGGGGCCAGCGCGGCCAGCUUCUCAUGCCCGUGCUGCUGGAGUCAGGCGCGAAGCGCGAGGUGUCGAGGCCCCCCAGCACCCUGCUGGGCCAGGCCCACACGUUGCGCCCGAGGGCGCUCAUGGUCACUUUUUGGAUGGAGCGCAGGAAGUGGGAGUUAGAAAGAGCGGGGUCCCGCCCUGGCGGCGAGGCUCUGUACUCCCUGCUGCUGCUCCACCCCGGGGACGCGAUCCCGGCCCCCGACGAGGCCCUCGGCCUGCAGGCCAAGGAUCGGGGGACGCCGUGUGGCUGGACCGGCGGGGGCGGUCGGAGCGCCGCGGCAGCGAGCUGCGCGAGCGGGACGCCCGGGCAGGAUGUUCGCAGCCCCCUGUCAUAUCUCGCCAUUGCUAGCAGCAAGGCCGACGAGGACGCGCCGAACUGCGAGGUCGUCUGCGGCUCCUGGCAGAUGAGCCUGGUGGUGUCGCUCCCGGUCUUACCGUUGCAGGAGCUGGUUGCUUGCAGCGCCCACAUCCAGGCACCAAAGGCUUUCUCGCACUUGGCGCUGCGGCUGGUUGGCGCCGACUGA